AUGGCUGCUCCUCCUGUUCCAGGUCUCAGGUUUCAGCCCAGUGAUGAAGAGAUUGUUAGGGUUUACUUGAUCCCCAAGAUACUGGGUAGGCUGAACCCUUAUGACGUAGUCACCACCGAAGAUGUCUACUCCACCAGCCCUGAGCAACUUCCACUCGGUAAUGAUGCUGGACACUUCAUAGACAAUGAAUGGUACUUCUACACAACUAGGCCAAUCAGCAGCCAUUAUAGAACAAGAAAUGGCUUCUACUUUGCCACCUCUAUGAAUGAGCCAAUCUUACAUAACAAUAACGUGGUUGGUUUCAGAAGGUUUCUGAGGUUUUACCUUGGUAGCAGGCCAGAAACAGGAAUCGAAACUGAAUGGACUGUCCAUGAGUUUCGAGCUAACCCUGCUGUAUUUCCAGCAGCGAAUCUACUUGGUAGUGUUGUUCAGGAGAAGCUAUCCAGUAUGGUAAUGUGCAAAAUUGUUCGUAUACAAGAACUUUCUGACAAUUCAUCGGAGGAAGGAGUCAAGGAUGAAAGCGGUUCUUCUAGGAUUAAUCUGCUGCAGAAUACAAGACUGAAUCUACAAAGUAGUUUGUAG